AUGGCUGCGCUCCCGGAGAACUGGGAAUGGGACUACGACGGCACGCGCUGGUUCUACCGCUACAAGCCGACCGGCCUCAUCCAGUACACCUUCCCCAAGCCCGGCGACGAGUUUCCCGAGUUUGUUGACGACAACGCGGCGCCGCUCGAUCUGGCCCCCGAGGAGAGGCUUGUCAGCCAGCAACAGAUCAAACGACGGAGUACUCUGGGCGGGUCUUGGCGGGGACAGCCAGCCCGCGCCAAACAGCGCGAACGGGCGGUUUCCAACGUCAGUUCGGACCAGGAUGACGGCAGCGAGCCUUUUUGGCUCCAGCCCGACGGCCUCAUGUACAUGGGGCCGGGCGCGUACAACGACAUCAGUCCUUUGCAGGAAGAGGACGAGGACGAGCGGGGCCAGGCAACCAACGACGCGGACGACGGCGGCGACAAAAAGGACAGUGCCAGCGCCGCCGCCCAGCAUGUGGCUGACGGCCCAGCUGCUGCGGGGUCCCCGAGCAAAGGCGCUGCCGUUGCUGUGCCCUCGCAGAUAUCGCCCUCGACGAGCACCGAAACCACUCCGCAAGUACCCAACAGCCACCCCGCAACCGCCACCCCUCAGAUAGACAGAGCAAUCAUUGUUGAGAGCGUCGAUGCUGCCCCUGCACCGGUAGUCGCGGCGCCUGUGGAUCCUCCAGCCCCGGAGAUCCCCCUCCUCGACAGCCGGGAGGUGCCGUACGACCCCCUCGGCUUUGUGGCCGAGCUUCCCAGCGAGCUGACCGCUCAGUGCCAUGUGGAGAUCAACCCAGCUCCUGUGGAGUUACCCGGCAACGAGCUCAUGGUGGACACGUCGGAGCCAGCCCCUUAUGCGAACGCCUUCCAUCUGGAGCCGGCUGAACUGCCCUCCGACGAGAUUCCUGCUGGGCGAAGGGUGGCGCGCAAUACAGCGGAGCAGAAAUCGCUGUCCUCGCAAACGACACGGAGCCAACAGGAGCAACAACAGCAAAGACCGCAUCAAACCACCCGAGAGUUGCUCAGUCGGCCGUACGGAGCGGCUCGGCAGAAUUCGACACCCCAAGUCGCCAGUACCGUGGCACACAUGCCCGGCGGCGGCGUCGCCGAGCCGCCACCCUCAGGCAAGUACCAGCCUUACAACCCGGCCAGGCAGGGUGCCUUCGGAGCUGCCGCUGCGAACCGGCACUCUAUCGCCGAGAUUCGCCCUCUGGUCCCAGCCGACGACAAUAACAAGAGGCACUCCCUGGCAGGGCCAGCCCUAUCGCGCGUUCCGCCUUCCGACGUCCCUGCUGCGCUCCUGCCGCCGCACAUUCCUCCGAAGCUGCCUUUGGACUCCCCCGACAGUAGUCGGCAGUCCUCGCUUCCGGGCGCCGAAGCGCGCCAUGAGAGCAUCUCUGGUCUCACCACCAAGGCCAGCGGCGGUCUCACCCAUUUCCCGUCAGUCCUGCAGCCCGCCCGCGGGCGUCCGGUCAUGCGGGCCCAGUCCCCUCCGCAGAGCAAGGGAGCUAGCCCGGCUCGGGCCUACCAGGCGUACAAGCCCUACCACGACCUGCAGCGGGACAUCGAGGACACCGUGCAGCUUCUAUCCAACGCCGGAUUCGGUCAGGGGACGACAACAUCUGCCCAAGCGUCGAGUGUCGCGGCGAGACCCCAGGCCUCUAGAACGAACACUCUGCCAGCGCAUCUUCCCUCGCUCCCGUACAUGGGUGGCUACCCACAUUUGCCGCCUUCAUCAGCGAGCGUGCCCGCGCCCUUGACGCAUCUGCAUUCUCACCAAACACCGCCUGCUGAGUGCGGCGGCUGUGUUGCAACCGGGGGAGCGGCAGGUAGCGUGAUGCCCCUGCAAUAUUCCGCCCCCCUUCCGCCCUCAAGCCCUGACCUGCCGCCGCCCUUGAACAUCUCUCGCAAGUCGCCUCCGCUCCCGAGCAGCGUGCCAACUGGCUUUUCCGCUUUUAGGCCCGAGGUCACAGCCAAAGCGGAUGCGAUCUUCUCGGGGGCCACGGCAGCGCCGGUCCAUACUACCGCUGCUUCCGCGCCGGCACCGGCCAGCUUGGGGGCUGAAGCAAACCCCGACCGUGAGACCAUGCUGGCCGCACCGAACUCGGCAGGACCUGCUGGGCAAGCUGGAGCGGCAAGCUACCCCAACCAAGCGGGCAGCUCAGGUCCACCUCCAUCGGCGGCUGCCAAGGUGGAGGGGACAGCUAGCUUCAACAGUCUGGCCGCGUCCAGUGAGAAGCUGCAGCCCUCGGGUCAUCCAUCGCCGGCUAAGCCAGCAUCUUUCGCUGUCGAGGCCGUGGGUGCCGCGCCUGUAAUGCCGCUCCCGUCAGAGGCCGCACCUGUAUCUGAUAGCGGAAGCUCCCCAGCGCCGUUACCAGCCGACGUAUUAGUGACCGUGACGGACCAGCAGCCGCUGGCACCUUCGGCCUCGGACGUGGGUUACCAAGAGACUCGCCAGUCUAUUCCUGCUCAGUCUGAUCUGGUUGGUCCUGAUAAUGUUCAUAUCCCGCCUCAUGUCGUCUCCGAAGUCCAUCACAAGCCUCCGGCAAACCCGAACAUGCCGCUCCCCACCGACGGUACUGUCCAAAGUGCCUCAGCUGUACUCUACGCCUCGCCUGCUCCGGCUGCAACUGUCGCAAGUCAGGUUCCGUUCAAUAGCCAUACCGGUGGACGCGGCGCAAACCCGGAAAUGACACCGCCACGAUCAGUUGCCAGUCCUCGAGCACCCACUCCAAGUCCCCGGACACCUAGCCCUCUUUCACGUGCGUCGUCGCCGCCUACUCAGCAAAACAAUAUUCAGAAGCGCAUUCCGUCGGUAUCUCCGCCGGCGAUUGCGAUGGCUGGUUCUGCGCAACAGGGGUCAUUCACAGGUCAGCAGACGUUGCUGCACAAGACCGGUAUCCAUGCUCCAGUGGUCGGACUCGGACCUGCUCCCAUGCCUUCUUCUUCCUCUGCAUUGCCAAAUGCCUCGCUGGCGGCACCCUCAACAGGUCCAGGUCACACUUUCCAGACCGAUCAUAACUCGCUUGGGUCUUACCAAGUCGGUGUUUCUCAGCUCUCUGCGCCUGGAGCCGUAAGCGCAGCUGAGCACGGUUACUUGCCCACUCAUGAAUCUGGCGACUGCCAACGUCCUGCGGCCCAAGUUCACGCCGAUAACAUUGAGGCCGCGGCAGCGCCAAACCAGCAAUCCCAGCAACCCCCUCAAGGCGUAGUAGCACCCGUGGUCUCACAAUCAGCCAUGCCCAAUGCGAAUCCAGGCCUGUCCACACCGUUGCCCGCGCCGGCCCCGACUCAGGAGGAGGCUCCCUCAUCUCCCGUUUCUGUAGCCGAUCAGGAACAUAAGAGAACCCAGCCUCCGAUGCCAUCACCGAUGCAAGCCAUCGGGCAAACCCAGCUUCCCCUACACUCAGGAGGCCAGUUGCCAUCGAAUGUCGCCGCUCAUGGGCAGCCAUCUGUGGCACCCACGGGCCGACCAUUCUCACCGCCGGCAACCACACAGCUAGGCCCGCUACCUCAUCCCGGAGCACCAGGAACUGCACCUCCCCAGCCCCCUGUAAUGUUGGCUUCGCCUACGAUUCCCGCAGGAAUGGUGCCCCAGGGUGUCCAUCCUGGAAUGUUCCUGCAGCAACAGUAUGCUUACCACCCAAGCGUGUUUCCCCAGCCAGGCAUGCAAGUCGCACAACAUCAACCAGUGCCACCGCAUCUGCUGCAGCCAGGCCAAAUGCCCAUGGGUGCGCCCCUCACUCAGGCUCCUCAACCACCGCAACAACCAGUCAAGCAAGAAAAGAGCUGGUUCGGCAGGCUGUGGAGGAGCGAGAGCGUGAAAAAGCCCACCAAAAGCGGUGCAGCAGCCCAACCGGGGACACCCCCUCAACAGCUGUUUCCGGUCUUUCCUCCGUCUGUUCCUCCCAACCAGCCCGCCCCUCCGCAUCAGUUCGCCCUGGCUGCCGUACAGCCGCACAUGGCAAUGAUGACGAUGAACAAUCAGAAUUACCCGAGCCAGCCGCAGUUCCGCGCGCCGAACCACAACCCGAACCAGCCCGUCAUGCCGCCGCCGCAGGUACGCCCGGCGAUCCAGCAGCAGGCGCAGCUGCUGCACCACCCGGCGCAGAGGCCGAGUUCGAUAGGUCCCGGCCAGGGCCAGACGGCUCAGCAAGAGCAGUCGCCGGUGCAGCCGCCGGCGCCGGCGCAGGCGCAGGGGCAAACGCAGCCGCAGGGCGGAACACCCGUGCCUGUCGCUUUGCCUGUCCAAGGGCAGGGGCAGGGGCAGGGGCAAGAGCAAGCUACUGGAGAGCGGCAUGAGGGCGGCGGUGGAUACCCC